AUGCAUAUUCUUCCUGUUUUGUGUUCCCUUCUUGUGUCAGCACUCGCUGAAGACGUGCCCCCUCAGUUUGACGAUGGGCAGCUCACUGGUAACGGAUUCGGUAUACCGGGUAUCAAUGCCACCUAUGACUAUGUCAUCGUUGGUGGUGGGACAGCAGGUGCUCUGGCAGCAGCGCGUCUAACUGAGCACAGUAACGCGACGGUUGCUUUGGUUGAGGCGGGAGGUUUCUAUGAACUGAGUAACGGUAACGUCAGCCAGUUACCAUUUAGGAUCAAUGACUGGAAAGGGUCAGGCGGCGCGUCUAGCUGGCAACCACUCAUCGAUUGGGGUUACUUCACUCAGCCUCAGAACAACGGGAAGAAGAUUCAUUAUGCACAGGGUAGAACAUUUGGCGGCAGUAGUGCCAGAAACCUCAUGAUGUUCAACCGCCCUACCAAAGGAGCAUACAAGCACUGGGCCGAGAAAGUCGGUGAUGAUGCCUACACGUGGGAGAAUAUGCUCAAGUUCAACACAAGAACUAUGAAGUUCUCGGAUAACAGUCAGCAUCGCCCUCAGAACGCCACAGCCCUUUAUGACACUGCCGCUUUCUCAGAGAAAGGGGGUCCUCUACACCUCACAUUUCCAGGAUACGUUUUCCCAGUCUCGUGGGACGCCAUCAAAGCUUUUGAAGCACUGGGAUUCAAAGAGAUCCCGAGCUUCACUGCUGGUGCCUUGCAAGGUUGGGGCUGGUGGCAGUUCUCCAUCAACCCUGAGACCGGUCUCCGUGAUUCUUCUGAGAGUUCGUUUUUGCAGCAAAGCCUGGGUCGGCCUGGUUUGACAACAUACAUCAACACCAUGGCUCGCAAGAUUCUCUUCUCUGGCAAAAAAGCCGUUGGUGUCACCGUUGAUAAUUAUGGCCAGCAAUCCUUCAACCUUACGGCCCGGAGGGAAGUCAUUGUUGCAGCAGGACUCUGGAGCAGCCCUCAGCUACUGAUGGUUUCUGGUGUUGGGCCUGAAGAGACGCUCAAAAAGUUUGACAUCCCAGUCCUAUCAAAUCUACCGGGAGUCGGCCAAGGCACACAUGAUUCAGCUGCUGUUCAUGGGCCUAUCUGGGAGAUUGAAGGCAUCUCAACGGGCGGUUGGAAACAGCCCUCCAAGAUGAAAGAAGCCAUCACCGAGUUUAAUCAACACAGGAAGGGACCUCUUACCAACGGUGGCGUUGAUGUCGGAGCAUUUGAAAAGAUUCCCCUAGCAAACCUUAGCAAAAAGGCCCAAGAGGACCUCGCUCAGUAUCCUGAUGACUGGCCCGAGGUAGAAUUCAUCAUGCAGAUGGUUGAUCCUCCCGCCGGGGCAACUGGAAAGAACUAUGCCGCCAUGACCAUCAGAAUGGUUGGGACUGUGAGUCGUGGCAAUAUGACCAUCUCAUCUGCGAGCAACCUUGACCCUCCUAUCAUUGACCCGAACUGGCUACGAGCAGAUACAGACAAGGAGGUAGCUCUUUAUGCCCUCCGAAGAGCCCGUCAGCUUUGGGAGCAUAUUCCUUCUAAAAUCGGUAAGGAGAUAUACCCUGGCGCCAGUGUCACCAGUGACGAGCAUUUGCUGGAUCUCACAUACGACAACCUCGACCCGACGCACCAUGGCACUGCUUCUUGCAGCAUGGGCAAAGCUGGUGAUCCAUCAGCAGUGGUCGACUCUAAAGGCCGCGUUUUUGGCAUCAAGAAUUUGCGUGUUAUCGAUUCUUCUACAAUGCCAUUGACACCACCUGGACAUACAAUGGGUCCUACAUAUGGUAAUGCUGAGAAAUUGGUACAGGAUAUCUUGAAUGCCUACCAUGGUUUAGAGUAG